GCCUCUCCCCCUACAAAAAGGUCUGGGUUUUGUAGAUCCAAAGGCAGAGAGAGGUUGGGGGUCGUCAUGGGGUGGCCCGGGGAGCUGCCCCUGUGCAUCUGCACGGUGCCCCCUCCCUAGGCCACCCCCCAGGAUGCCCCUGUCCUGCUGGCUGAGGUCUGUGGGGGUCUUCUUGCUGCCAGUCCCUUACUGGGCAUUCCGGGAGAGGUGUCUCGGACUCCUCCGGCGGCCCUCCCUAGGGCACGGGUGCUCAGUGCCGGGAGCCUGGCACAGUGUCCGCUGCUGGUGCCAGGCGUGGACAAAGGAGCCUCGAUCACUUCCCUCUUCCAGAAUGAAUGGAGGCAAGAAUUCAGAUGCAGUUAGCCAAGAGAAGCAGGAAUUCCUCCAGUACUUCCCUGAGAUUGUUAAGUUGCUGACAGAAGAUGACCUGGACCACCCUGAGAUAGGAGAUGUGAUCACCCGUCUCAAGGAGAUCCUGGAGUACAACACACUUGGGGGCAAAUACAAUCGGGGCAUGACAGUGGUGGCCGCCUACCGGGAGCUGGUCGGGCCCAAGAAGCAGGAUGCCAAGGAAAUCCAGCGUGCCCUCACUGUGGGCUGGUGUGUGGAACUGCUCCAAACUUUCUACCUGAUGGUAGAUGACAUCAUGGAUUCAUCCAUAACUCGCCGGGGGAAGCUUUGUUGGUAUAAGAAGCCGGGCAUAGGUCUGGAUGCUGUGAAUGAUUCUCUGAUGGUGGAGGCCUGUAUCUAUCGUCUGUUGAAGCGCUGCUGCCGGGAUCAGCCCUAUUACCUGAACCUCAUUGAACUCUUCCUAGAGAUAACCUAUCUGAGUGAAAUUGGGCAGUCUCUAGAUGUCAUGACAGCCCCACAAGACAGCGUGGAUCUUGGCAGAUUCACUGAAAAGAGGCACAAAGACAUUGUCGUAUACAAGACCGCCUUCUACUCCUUCUACCUUCCUGUGGCUGCUGCCAUGUACAUGGCAGGCAUUGACGAUGAGAAGACUCAUGCUAAUGCCAAGAGAAUCCUCCUAGAGAUGGGAGUGUUCUUUCAAAUCCAGGAUGAUUAUCUGGACUUCUUUGGGGACCCCAGUGUGACGGGCAAGAUUGGCACCGACAUUGAGGACAACAAGUGCAGCUGGCUGGUGGUCCAGUGUAUGCAGCGGGCCUCGCCAGAGCAGCGUCAGAUCCUACAGGAAAACUAUGGGCAGAAGGAUCCCAAGAAGGUGGCUAAAGUGAAGGCGCUCUAUGAGGAAAUGGAUCUGCAAGGAGUGUUCACACGGUAUGAAGAAGACAGCUACAAUCGCCUUGUGAGCCUCGUGGAGAAGGAUGCGAAGCCCCUGCCACCGAGCAUCUUCCUGGGGCUGGCACAGAAGAUCUAUAAGCGCAGAAAAUGACCUAGGGUGCAUGGCGGGGAAGCCCUCAAUAAAUAAAUUAUUGUGUAAA